CCAGCUGCUUUGUUUAUUAAUUUUUUCCUUACAGAUCUAUCAGUAUAAUUUUUAUUGGAGUGAUGGCAUCUCAAUCAGCCCUUGGCCGGUGCUGUCAUCUUGUAGGGCAAACAUUUUUGAAGAAUGUUAACAUAAAAGGAGCAGCUAGCACCAACAGGGCAUUCCUGACUUGUUCAUCUGACAAUGGCCCAGAGUUCCGGAUGCCUGAGCACAUUCCUCGCUCUCCUACUGAUAUUCUCAAGGCUCUUGACAGCACAAUAAGCAGAGACAAGACAGGACCUCACUACCGUUACCAUGAUGACCCGUACCUUAUCCCUGUCUUUUGUUCAGGCUCUUGACAGCACAAUAAGCAGAGACAAGACAGGACCCCACUACCGUUACCAUGACGACCCGUACCUUAUCCCUAUCACGCCCAUGGACCGAAGAGUGUAUGCUCUAGCUCGGGAGAGUGGCAGGAAAGCUGCUGCAUGGAUCAGAGACCAACACCCACACCUCUUUCUUAGUAACACAUCAGAUGCCCCCGCUGUUGAGAAAUUUUUACCUAUUGAAGAAUACUCCGAAGAGUCGGAAGUGAGUGAAGAAAUCCUACAGAAGCUCAUUGCGUCCUGCAAGGUGGUGGACGCAGCGACUGUGUACAGAUUGUGUUCUUCUAAGGGGAUAGAGCUGAGCGCCACCACCAAGCAGUCGCUGCUGGAGCUCAUGUGUUACUACAACGAAGAGGAGGCCGUUGCUGAGGACUGGGUUGAGGAGAGAAGCUUUGCUCAAGUUGCCAGGCCUGGACGAGACAUGAUAAACACGUGGAAAAGCGGUGGCUUGGCAGACGAGUUGUUCUUGUCUCUGGACGAGCCGUCAACGGCUGCCUACUGCGCGCUCAUCAGGGGGCUCUCUAAGCACAAUAACUCAGAGGAGGCUUGGUCGCGGUAUCAGGAGGCGCAGACGGCGGGGCUGCCCCUGGAUACGGCCACCUUCAACAGCCUCCUGCUCACCAUCCCCCUCAGGCACGACGGAUACGAGGAGCGCGUCAACAUCCUCAUGGGUCUACUGAAGACAAUGGCGUCCAAGGGGCUGCGUCCCAACCAGCAGACGCUGGACAACAGCCUGCAGGUGCUGAGCAUGACGGCAGGCUACAGGAAGACCAAGGAACUCAGCCUGCAGCUGCUGCAGGAGAUGAGGCUGCUCGGCAUUAAGCCUUCUCUCACCUCCUACUUCUUCCUCGUCAGCAUACACUACCGUCAGCGUCAGUACCUUCCCGUGCUGACCUGUACUGUAAGCCUUCUCUCACCUCCUACUUCUUCCUCGUCAGCAUACACUACCGUCAGCGUCAGUACCUUCCCUCGUGCUGAUCUGUAUUGUAAGCCUUCUCUCACCUCCUACUUCUUCCUCGUCAGCAUACACUACCGUCAGCGUGACGAUAAUGGCAGUAGCCUCAUCUACUCGGUGUUGGAGGAGCUAGAGAAAAUUGAGGGCGACCUUCCGCUGCUGGACCCGCGCGACACCAUGUUCUUCCUACAGGCCAUUGACGUGUGCUGUAACAAGCUACAGAGUCUGGCGGCCGCCCAAAGGUUGCAUGCGCUGCUCGAGCGCGGCAAGAACCAGCGGCUGCUGGGCAACAACUCUAAAGAAGUCAUUUAUUAG